AUGCCUUGUUGUGGUCCAUUGGCCUCCCAGCAGUGCCCUGUAGCACCUGGAGCAGGGCCCAGCAGAAGGAAGCCCGCCUGCCCCCUGCCUCUGCCCAUGGCCACCUGGUGCCUGGUCCUCCUCACUGGGGUCCUCCUGGCAGCCUCCCAGCCAACCCUAGCCCAGCCAGAUGCACUGCUGGUCUUCCCAGGCCAGAUGGCCCAGCUCUCCUGCACACUCAGCCCCCACCACGCUGCCAUCAGGGAUUACGGUGUGUCCUGGUACCAGCAGCGGGCAGGUAGUGCCCCCCGAUACCUCCUUUACUACCGCUCAGAGGAUGACCAGCACCGGCCUGCUGACCUCCCUGCCCGCUUCUCGGCAGCCAGGGACAUGGCCCGCGAUGCCUGCAUCCUGACCAUCAGCCCUGUGCAGCCUGAGGAUGACGCAGAUUACUACUGCUCUGUGGGCUACGGCUCCAGCCCCUAGGGAUGGAGUGUGGAGGAAUGCCCUUGUCUACCUCCCACUUUGCCCAGACUUUGAGCCCGUCUCUUUCUCUGAGCCUUGCUUUCCCUCCUCUGUAAAAUAGAUUAAUAAAAUUCAACAUGUCAA